CAUUUUGUUUCCGCUCCACCACGCCCACCCCAGAAGAAGACAUAAGUACGAUAAGGAAAAUAGAAGAAAUGAAAAGACUUGUCUAAAUCUGCAGGCUGGUUCAUUCUUCUUUGAUGGCUUGUGGCUCAUGAUUUAGCUCAAACUUGCACCCUUUGAAUUUCUGUACAGAAACACUGCCAAUUUUCGUCGAGAAUGAUCUAAUUCUACUAGACCCACAAAACUGAAUAGUGGAGAAUUUGUCUGUUCUUGGGAAUCAGAAAUCGAUUCAUCAGAGCAAGAGGCUUGAUCAUGAUCACGGGUAUUUGGUAUAACCAAAAUGUUUCUGAACCUUCUGUGGUGUGGAUAGCAAAUAGGGAUAAAGCUUUGAACGAUUCUUCUGGUACUGUGAAGAUAUAUAAAGAUGGGAAUAUUGUGGUUAUGUAUAGGGACAAGGAAAUUCUUUGGUCGUCAAAUGUUAAAAAUACUAAGAUGAAUACGACUGCCCAGCUAUUGGAUUCUGGAAAUCUUGUUUUGAUAGAAUCUUCUAGUGGACGUAAAUUAUGGGAAAGUUUUAAGCAACCUUCGGGGUCAUUCUUGACAGCAAUGAAAAUAAGUCGCAGUAUUACCGUAGUUGAGAAGGCUACUACUUCUUGUGGUAAUGGCACAUGUGGACCGUUUGGGAUCUGCAACUCACAAAACUCGCCUAUUUGUACCUGUUUGAGAGGGUUUUAUCCGCAGGACGAUGGGGAAUGGAAAGCAGAGAACUGGACAAGUGGAUGCGUGAGGAGGAUAGAUUUGCAGUGUGAAACAAACAAUGGCUCCAAUAGCGGGAGCAAAGAAGAUAGGUUUUUGAAGCUAGAAACGAUGAAAGUUCCAGAUUAUGGAGAUCGGCAGCCCGGUCAGGAAUCUGAAUGUGAAGGUCUAUGCAUGAAGAAUUGUUCCUGCAUAGCCUAUGCUCAUGACACUGGUAUUGGCUGUCUGUUCUGGACUGGAAGCUUAAUUAACAUUCAAAAAGACUCUGCAGGCUCAGAUCUUUUCAUUCGACUGGCAAAUUCGGAAUUUGGUCAUAAGAAAGACUUUAAGUUAGUCCUAAUAAUUAUGGUUAUCGUUGGUUUGAUUUCCAUAUCCAUUAUCAUAUUCUUUUCCUGGAAAUUCAUGACUAAACCAAGAGGCAACACGAUGAUAUCAGAACAUGGGGUUGUACGCCCAUCUGAUUCAGUUGAUGUUUCUCAUGAAGAAGAUAUAAGCAAUGCUGGCAUCGAAGAGUUACCAUUAUUUAAAUUUGAGAUGCUUGCAAAUGCGACGGACAAUUUCCACGAUGCUAACAAGCUUGGAAAGGGCGGUUUUGGUCCAGUUUACAGGGGACAAUUGGCAAAUGGUAGAGAAAUUGCAAUCAAGAGGCUAUCAAAAGUAUCUACACAAGGGAUGAAAGAAUUUAUGAAUGAAGUGACGUUGAUUUCCAAACUCAAACACCGGAACCUCGUUAGACUGCUGGGAUGCAGUGUUGAGAGGGGAGAGAAGAUGCUAGUCUAUGAAUACAUGCCUAAUAAAAGCUUGGAUGCACAUCUAUUUGAUCCAUCACAAGAUAUCUUAGAUUGGAGACUACGUUUCAGCAUUAUUGAAGGUAUUGGCCGAGGCCUUCUUUAUCUUCACAGAGAUUCUAGAUUGCGGAUAGUUCAUAGAGAUCUGAAGCCAAGUAACAUAUUGCUGGAUAAUGAUUGGAACCCAAAGAUUUCAGACUUUGGCAUGGCAAGAAUUUUUGGAGGCAACCAAGAUCAUGCCAGCACUGUAAGAGUGGUAGGAACAUAUGGAUACAUGGCCCCUGAAUAUUUGGAUUUUUCAAUCGUGAAUAUGAGAUUUAGGGUCAAGACAAAAGGGUUAUUGUUAUCUUGCACUAGUGGAACAGGUUCAGUUCCUAAACCCCCAGAUUAG